CUUCUUCCUGUCUCGUAUUUUCUCUUGUGUUUGAUCAUGAAAAGUGUUUGAUCAUUAUUUGGUAUCUUAACUUACAAAACAUCGCAAUCAGGGUUACAGAUCAUUUGUUGGUGUGUUGCGCGAAAGUCUUCUGGCAUCUUCAGAGCAGCUGCUUUCACUUCCAUCUUCACCAGUGGACUCAUCUGAGCGCAGUUGAUCGCUGUGACAAGAUCUCUAAACAUCAGCUGCUCGAUCAGAUAUUUAAGAUGAGAGGAUACUUAGUUGGAAUACUUGUACUUUUGAAACAUUGCUUUUGCGGUGAUAAUGUGAACUUUGAUGGAGACAUCAAGGACUUUGUAGUUGGUAAAAGUAAGUUGUUCGUUCUUACUGACCAUCAACUACAUCAGAUGAGACUCGAUCUUUCUGAGGAGAAGAGGAAGGACAUCAGUAAUGCCACUCAUCAAAACAGAGUCAACAUUCUGGUGCCUUUUGAUGACAACGACACCCUGAUAACCUGUGGGACCUUUAGAUAUGGAUACUGUGAAGUUCUUGACCUCAAUGACAUUACAAAGAGCAUUUACUAUGAAAGUGGUAUAUCUGUAGGACCGAGACAGAAUAAGAAAUCUGUUGCGUUAAUAGCAGGUCCAAGUACCAGCAGGUACCUUUUGGUUGGGAAAAAGGACGAUGAUGGAAAACCUCAGUCUCCUGUUGUUAACUUGUGGAACACUUUACAGUCUCAGUCUGGUGGGAUUUUCACUAACAUAGAUCACACAUUUGUCCCCUUCAUUCAGAGCCCCGCAAGCGAUGUGGAGUUUGUUGACGGAUUCCAGAGAGUUUCGCCCUCAGAGUCGUACUUGUUUCUCAACGCAAAGAUUGACUCGGAGAGUAAAGUGCUCGUCCUGUGGAUGAAUAGCUCUAAAAAUAAAAAGACAGAAAUCUUCAAAUCCCUACAGGCUGCAACGAUACAGUGCUGCAAUGAUAAAGCUCGUCCAGAGCUCGUCGCCUCCACCGUUAUUCCCUCAGUGAACGGCGUUAUUUGGGCAGGUGUGUUCAGUGCGCAGAAUCAGCAGGAUCCGGAGAACACCGCGCUGGCUCUGUACGACAUCAGUACAGUUCGAGGAAGAGUGAAGGGUUUCUGCACUGUUGGUGUCAGGAUAUGUGGUUCUGAGAGUGGCAGUGCACUUCAUCCGCUCUCUGUGGUGUUCAAGUACAGCUCAAUGUCAUCAGUGGCAGCAGUUAGAAAAGGAUCCUGGAUUGUGAUGUUCAUAGGAACCAGUGAUGGACAACUGAUAAAGCUUGUGUUGGAUGAGAACUUCACACCAGGCUGUCCAAUAGUGCUGUACAAAUCUGAUGAUGAAAGAGCAGUGCUUCCCAGAAUGCACUUUGAUCCAAUAGAUUUCAAACAUAUUUACAUCGCUCUGAGGAGAGAGCUCAGAAGAGUGUCUGUGGUUCAGUGUGCUAAAUUCAGCUCUCUGAACGACUGCAGAGCUGCUCUGGAUCCUCUCUGUGGCUGGUGUGUGAAAACACAGAGAUGUUCUACUCAAGAUGAAUGCUCAAAUACUUCAUGGAUGUCCAUCCCAAAAAACUCUCUUCAGACGCAGCUGCUUUCCUUUCAGAUGGAGCAGAAUUCUUCUAGAAAGAUUACUCUACAUCUUGCCUUGAGUCUGGAGAGCACAGGAAAUCCCGUCUUCUCAUGUUCCUUCAUCACAGGAAGUGUGAAUCUGUGUGACGGAUCUGAUCUGACUGCAGUUUUCCCAAACUGCUCCUGUAGUUUUUCUGACCAGCAACUAUAUACUGGAGGUUUAACAGUCUCUGCUGCAGUUACUAUUGAGGAUCAGAAGAUCACAGAGACGCUGACACUGAGGAACUGCUCCAGUAUCACAGAUAAUUCACCAAAUGCUUCUUAUACACAGUGUGUGCAGUGUAUCUCAUCUGGGUGUCAGUGGUCCUCUUCCUCACAGCGUUGUGAUUGGAUAUAUGGACCUGGACCGCAGUUACUCAUAGAGGAUGAAUGUAAAGAUCUACUCUCUGAGAUUGACUACAAAGAGCCAGAGAUUCUCUCUCUGGAGCCCAACAAAGUUUCUUUCCAUGGCAGAAACAACAUUAUACUAAGAGGAAAGAACCUGGAAUCUGUCACUAAAAUCCGUAUUCAAGGGGAUCUGGACUGUAUUCCUAAAGAAUCUCCAGUAUUUGAUCGCUCCAGUGACACUUUAAGGUUCCACAUUCCUCCCAGUGGAACUAAAGGAACAGUGAAAGUGUGUGUUGUUACUCCUGACGACCGUUGUCAUGGUAACAGCAUCAUCACUUACAGUUCCCAGCCCAGCUGCACAGGAAUACAGCCCACAGUCAGCUGGAGAAGAGGUGGAAGGAAGAUUCACAUUCAGGGAAGCAAUAUGGAAUCUGUGGAAUCAGUUAUUGUCCGUCCGUCUAAUAAAGUGCUUCAGACACGAUACAGCAGAAGCUCAGGGGAUGUGUGGUUUCACUCCCCCCGUUAUGAUGGCAGUGAUCUGUUUAGCUUGUCAUUAAAAGUUGGGAAUUUCACUGUGGACUGUAUGGAUUAUUUCUCCUACAAACCUGAUCCAGAAUUCACUGGAUUCAGCACCUUUUCGGUGGCCAAUGAUCUACAGGUGAACAUUCAGAAAAAGGCAGAUGCAUUGAAUUUGAGUAUGAGUGAGGUGAUUGUGAUGGGUUAUCAGGGAGAUCAGCAGUAUCAGUGUGUUUUGGAGAGGAUUGAGCCCAGUAUCAUUAUCUGUAUAAUUAAAGGAGAAUCAGGAGCCGUCACAGCAGUGGACUCAAUAACUAUCACAAUUGGUAAUUAUGUUCUUGGAAUGGGGAAUGCACAGGAUUUGUUCUGUAUCCGUCCAUAGAACACACCUGGCCAAGUAUGAAAAAACAAUAAAAAACCCCUUACAAAAAAAAAAAAAAAAAGAUUUGAAAAAAGCUUACAAUCAUUAUUUGCUAUUCCUAAGACUAGAGAGUUCUACACUUUUUAUAUCUGUGUAAUUAGUAUGUAAUUUUACAUUUGAGCAGUUUGCAUUUUAUUUUAUAUUCUUUUUAUUUUAAUACAUUUUUCAGCUUUAAAUAACACAUUUUUUGUUUUGACACAUGCUUUAACUAUUCAACAACCUCUGCAUUCAAAUAUCCUGUGAGAUUAAUCCUGAUACUGAACAGCAGGUGGUGCUAUAUACUUAUUUAUUAUACACGCAUACAAAAAAAUCUAUUCAAAGUUAGACUGGUCAGAAAUUUAGUACUGCAGUACAGUUAUUUUUUAGAAGAAUGCUUUAUAUCUUUUGUAUCUUAUACCUUUUUGUUAUUAAUCUGAUCAUUUAUGUUAUCAGUAUACUGCCUUACAUCUCAUACUUACUAAUAAACAUGUCAAACAUAUCAAAUCCA